CCGGUGACGUAGAACAUAGGAGCUCACAAAAGUUGAAAUAAAUUCCACACACUUCGCUGCAAUAUAUGUUUACGUGUGCAUAUGUAUAUAUAAUAAUUAAAUAGGAUUUGUUAAUAGAAAAUCGUUAAUAAAAACUCGUAUUAAAAGCAAAAAUAAAAUGCUGAAGCCAAAGGCGCUCACACAGGUUCUCAGUCAGGCGAAUACCGGGGGCGUGGAAAAUACUUUAUUACUCAACAGAGAUGGUGGAUUAUUAGCAUACAGUGGUUACGGGGAUAAGGACGCUAGGGUUACAGCCGCUAUCACAAGUAACAUUUGGACAGCUUACGAGAAGAAUGGGCGAAAUGCCUUCAAGGAAGACGAAUUGCAGUUCGUUCUCAUGGAUUGUAUGGAAGGAAAAGUCGUUAUCACGGAGGUAGCCAAUUUACUCUUGUGUUUGUAUGCAAAGGAAAAUGUAGGAUUUGGAUUACUGCGCGAAAAAGCACAGGCGUUGGCCAAGUAUCUCGAUCAACCCUUAAAAACAAUAGCAAAUAUGCCUUGAAUGUCUAUGUCACAAUCGAUUCACUUUUAAGAGUCUGCAGUCGUACUCGAGAUUACGAAUUUAACUUAUGAUAUUUAUUGUUUAUAAGAAUUUGUAAGUUGUACUGUAUGUGUAUAAAUAUAUUUUUUAUUAAUCCGAAGUGUUAGCGUGCGUGCAUUUCCAUUUUUUAAUAUGUGCAUUUGUACACAAUUGUAAAUGUUAUGAAUG